UAUUUUUUCGACAUUGGCAACUACGGUGAAACUUCGCAAAGUUGCUUUUGAAAUUUCUCUCCUUCUAUUGGCCUUCAUGGAAACCACAGAGCAGCUUCCAGCAUCCAGAGCUAAAAUUAUAAUAAAUUGAAGUGGGUUCUCAGAGAAAAACAAUAGAUCAAGCUUCCUGAAUUCUCCAAUAUCGUUGUCUUGACUCGCUUCAUUGACCUCCAUAAGAAAGGAGGAAAUUUUCCGUCCAAUCACAUGGGAUCUUUCACUCCUCAGUCCAAUCAAUUUGUUGGAAUCUUCUACGCCAUAAUCUCAAUUCAAGCGAGAAUCCACAUGGAGGAAGAGGAGCAUGAGCUCUUUUACGAGGAAGAGGAGGAUGAGCCCAUUUACGAGGAAGAGGAGGAUGAGGAAGAGGAGGAUGGGCCCAUUUACGAGGAAGAGGAGGAUGAGCUCAUUUACGAGGAUGGGCCCAUUUACGAGGAAGAGGAGGAUGAGGAAGAGGAGGAUGGGCUCAUUUCCGAGGAAGAGGAGGAUGAGGAGGAGGAGGAUGGGCCCACUUACGAGGAAGAGGAGCCUAAAGAUGUGGCUGUGGCUGUUAUUUUGGCAAACGAGCGGACUUCGAUUGAUCUUGAAGCUAUGUUAGGGGGAGACGAUAUCCUUGAGAAUGUCAUGAAGGCAUUAGCUGAUCCAAACACUCAUUUAAUUGGAAUUUAUGGCCCACAUGAGGGCACCAAACAUUCUCUGCUUGAACUUGUUGGUAGAAGAGUUGAUCGAGACCAAAUGUUUGACAAGGUUCUCACUGUUACUGUGACCAGAAAAAGUUCUUAUUUUUCGUUUGCCAUGAAAACGGAAACACCUGAUGUGAAGAAGAUUCAAGAAGAUAUUGCACGCCAACUCGGGUUCAACUUUAAUCACAAAUCCACAAAUAAAAGAGCCCAAGAAUUGACCGAUGGGAUAAAGAAGGAGCAGAGGAUUUUAAUUGAACUAUGCGACCUCUUCAAGGGGCUUGAUUUGGGUAAGAUAGGUAUUCCUUAUGGCGCAGACCACCCAGGCUGCAAGCUACUGCUAACUUCUGCAGUUGAAGGGGUGCUAUCCAACCAGAUGCAUACCCAGAAAAAUUUCAAUCUUGAUUAUUAAAAGCUUCAGCCUUUUGUUGAGAGUUUUAAGGGCUUGUUAUGUGUUGAGAUUUUUGUGUUAUAUAUAGUAUGUAUGUGUUGGUUGCAUUCCCCAGCUACCGGUGUAUAUGACUUGAAGCUAAUGUGCUGACGAUGAAAUUUUUUUUAUGGUGAUCAACUACAAAGAAUAAUAUAUGCUGGGUCCCUAGUAAGGUGUGUUUGUAUCUCUUU